AUGCCAGGAAUAGAACUCAGGUCGUCCGGGGUCGGCCACAGGCAGGGAAAACUCCCUACUCACUGUGCUACCUCUCCGGCCCUCCCCUCUUUUCUUUCAGGCCUCUUCUCCGAGCUGAGAAUGGCUGUGCCCUGGGGGCACAUCGCUGCCAAGGCCUGGGGCCCCAAGCAGAACCCCCCAGUUCUCUGUCUACAUGGCUGGCUGGACAACGCCAACUCUUUCGACAGACUCAUCCCGCUGCUCCCGAAAGAUUUCUACUACGUGGCUAUGGAUUUUGGGGGCCAUGGACUCUCAUCCCAUUACAACCCAGGUCACCCGUAUUAUCAUCAAAACUUUGUGGGUGAGGUCCGCCGCAUCAUGAAAGCCUUGAAGUGGGAGCGCAUCACCCUCAUUGGCCACAGUUUUGGUGGCGUCGUGGGCGGAAUGUUCUCCUCCAUCUUCCCGGAGCUAGUGGACAAGCUGGUGUUACUGGACUCCAUUCCCUUCGCCCUGGACUGUAGUGAGAUGGAAAAUCUGCUGACAUACAAGCGCAAGGCCCUGGAGCGCACGCUGGAGCUGGAGGCAGCGCCCAAGCCUUCCCACGUGCUCAGCCCAAACGAUAUGCUGCAGGGGUUCCUGAAGAACAGAGAAUUGGGGCAGGAAGAUGGGCAGCUCUUGCUACAGAGAGGCACCACCCAGGUGCCAGAAGGUGUGGUGCUGAACCGGGACCGCAGGAUAGCACAGCCCGAGCUCAGCUUCGACUUUGUCAGCAAAGAGUUCUUCGUGCACGCCAUGCGCAGGAUGCAGGCCCAGGUCCUCCUUGUCAAAGCGAGUCAAGGCUUCAGUGACGUGCGGCGAGAGAAUAACGAGAACCAGGAACCCCUCAAUUUCGUCCUGGAAGUGAUGAGGUCCACCUUGAAGGAGAGGUUCCAGUACGUGGAGGUUUCGGGGAACCACUACAUACAUAUGAAUGAGCCGCAGCAUGUGGCCGAGGCAGUGACUGCCUUCUUACAGGGCAGGGGGUGAGGCAGGGCGAGGAUCACUUGGCCCCCCACUCCGCCUGAAGCCUUCCGGGAUAUCAAUAAAGCGCCACGGUCUGAACUGCC